UCAUAAUUGAAUUAGCAAGUUAUCUUCCAGCCAUUGAUGCAUCAAAAGUCAUUUCACCUUCACUUGUUUGGCUUCAUUUUGCACCCUUUCACUUAAUGAUGGUGGCAUUGAAAAGAAAAACAUAUGAAAAUAUUCCAAAGGAUCAAGUUUUAAUAAAAUGUUCUUUGAUACAUAAUAAACAUAUCCCUUAUUGA